GAAUUCAUGAAUUAUGCAACACUAAAGACAAUACUCACAACCAAGAGUCCAAGGGGUAGAAUAGCCUGUUGAGUAGCAAAUGUGAUUACCUACAAGUUUACUGUAGUACAUUGUAGAGGUACUUAUAAUAAAGACGCAGAUGCAUUGGGUUGUGCAUGUUUUACCAGUCUCAACCAGAGCAGCGCUCAAAUAAACAGCCGGACUAUAAGCAGGAAUAUGAUACGAGAGCAGCAAAUGUGCUAACCGGAGAUCAAACAUCUCCAAACUUUCAAGGAAAACUAAUUCUUCUGGAAAAGGGGCGUGUCCGGUAAAAAUCUCAGGGCACUCGCUAUCGUGAUCCCUCACCCAAUACGCCAAUUAUUUCUUGCGUCAAUCCACGCUCAUCCAGCAGCUAGCCAUUUUGGCCAUGAUGAAAUACUGAAUAAAACACAGCAGCAUGGAUGGAUAGUGAUCGUGGUAUGGUCAUCACAAUUUGGUGAAGAACAGACUCUACGACCAAACACUGGUUCCUUCUUGCUAAUGAACCGAGCAGUCUAACAAUCUCCGGAACUGUUACAUACCAAGCAUACGUACACUACACACUUAUAGAGUGUAAACCAGCCAAGCAUUACACAACGGGGAUUUGAAUUACAGGGAUUUUAAUAGUAGCAGAUAUAAACAAUAUUGUUUUGAUUCUCUUUACUGAAUAACACUUUCAAAGC